AGUUUGUGUCUUUUCUUCAGUUGUGAGGAUUUAAAGCCCUUACCUAUUUGAGUAUUCUUGUUCCCCUCAGUUUUAUGUAGAUCCAUGUUCUGGAAGCCACUGAUCCCACUUUAAUUACCUGAUGACUUAAGGUCUAAAGGUAUCCCAAAGGAGGCUGCAUUUAACCCAGAGGCUGGACCUCCAUCCUGCUGGAAGGAGAGGUGUACCCUCGUUGUCCUUGGCCCUUCUCAUUAUGCUGCUCUAGUCUCCAGUAAGAGUUCUUUGUAGCAUGCUGGUCUCUCCAGGGGGAACCUUAAAACAGCCCACACUGUUCUUAGCAAGCUGCAUAAUAUGUACUUCCUUAGUUGGAAUGCAACGUCCCCUGAAAGAUCUGCAAGUGCUGUGUCCUACCAUGUCACUCACCUCCACUCCCCCAAGUUCUCCUUUCAAUCCAGAACAUUAAUCAGAUUCUAAUUUAUUUUUUCCAUCUUGGUUUAUUUCCAGCAAAGCAUUUAGACAAGGCCCACCCAGAGGAGAGGAUGGCACUUCCUCAGGGAGCUGAAGUUUGGGGCUGUUCUUAACCUCUUGGUCCCCUGCCACAUUGUUUAGUCAAAACAGCUUUUGCUCCUUGGGCGGUUGCGGAGGGGCAAGGCCCAGCCUUGCUGGAGUCUUGUCAUCGGUGCUAACAUCUUUCUACAAGAGCACAGGGGAGACAGUGAUUGGGAUCCCACCAAGACCAACAGAUUGAGAGCCUGGGGUUUUGGUUUUAGGGCAUGGAAGGGCUGGACAAGGAGUGGGGCAGGGGCCAGGACUGCCACAGGUCAUCAGGGGCAGGGUGGGAAAGACGUGCUCUUUGGACACCUAGAAUGGAGGGGAAUAGAUGUGUAGGGUGUUCCAUAGCCUCUGUGCUCAUUCUGCAAGGGAUUCAAGGCCACUAAAACCUCAGUGCAAACUAAUAGUUCCUUUCAAAAACAGAAAAAUGUUGAGGGGUGCCUCCUGAAAAGGGGCCAAUGCUUUGGAUCUGGAAAGGUGGAGAGGGGCAUUUGGUUGCUGAGAGAAGCAGUGCACAUGAGCUUAGAUGUCCGAAAUGCUUCUGAUGUCGGAACAAAAUGUCAAGGAACCUGGAGCCCCUUUGCCCACCUGCCUUUUUAAACAACCGGGAAUGCAGGAUGCCUGUCCCGGUCAGACUCCAGCUUGGGCACAGGAGAAACAGGUUUCAGACAGGAGGUUCAGGUUGGAGGAUGAGUGCCUUGCCCCGCUUUCCCGCUUCGGGGGAACUCUUAGAGCUAUUUGUCUUUGGGGAUCAUGGAUCCUUUGGAUCAUGAGGAUAUGUUCAGUGGGGUAUGAGGGAGGAUUAACGGAGAGAACUCCCACCUGAGCAUGGUUUAGUUUUAAGUUAUCUGGUGUGUUGGGGAGGACACAGAUUCCCCCCUUGCUUGAGGAGAAGGGAGAAGCGGAAGUCAUGUCCUCUUUUCUCUUCCUAUGGUCAGGCUUGCCCCUCUCCACUGAAGAGGCUGGGGGACCUUUGGUUCCUUCCUGCCUCCAGGGUGGCAGGGAAAGGUGAAGUAGGUUCUUAGGGCUGCAGUUAGUGACAUCUGGGAGGGAGCCAGCUUGAAGGGCCCUAGGCUAAGGGUGGCUGCUCCACCGUCACAGGAGGGGGAAGGCGGUGGUCAGGCCUCAGACGCGGGGCCUCAAGCACACCACUCUUUCCUCCCCAGUCCCCCUCACUAGACUCCCCCUCACCUGGGUAUUGAGUUCAGUUUUCCCCGCUUCCCUCCACUCGCAGCCUGGCUUCUGCAGCCCCCAGCUCCAUCCCAGGCAGUCUGAGGCACUGCUCAGCACUCCUGUGACUCCUGUCUGCAGAAGAGGCUGCCCGGAUGGAGAGGAUGAGUACCAUGACCUGUCUGGGGCUUCCCUCUGGCUUAGCAUCCAUCAGCCCCAGCCUUUCGUCCUGUUCUGCGCACCCCAGAGACAGGAGAAGCCAGACCCUUCCUUGUGCGGAGUCGCAGGAAUCCAGCUCUGGCCCCCUUUCGCCGCCUGUCCUUUGCCUUGGGAGCCCCCGUGCUCUCUGCCCUGUUUCAUGCAGCCACCAGGCCUCUUCCCGCUCCUAGUACCACACAACUGAGAAGAACUGGCCCUCCCUCGCUGCCUCAGUCUCCUCAUUUGUAAAACAGCAUAGUCAUGGAUAAAAGCCCUUCCCCGCUCUUUGGACCUAUGCCGCCGUAGUGCAGACUGUCUUCCUAGCAGUUCUCCACAUAGCCAUCCUGGCCCUUAUCUGUGUCUCCAGCCCAGGAGGAGACAGAGGAGGCAGAUGAUGAGGGCAGCCAGGCCCACGUGUAUGCCCACCACAACCCCAGGCGGCGAGCUGCUCUCAUCCUGGCUGCAAGAGCGCCCAGCCUCGGACUCUGGAUACAGUGCCGUCUGUCAGAGGACCAAGGUGGAGGCAAAGCUCAGCCCCUCCUCCUCCUCGAAGACUGGCGGCCGCAGGUCCUAUGGUAAGGGCCUGCUUGGACCCAGGCCUGCCACCCUGCUACCAGAUCCCACUCACCGGGGGUGGCCAGGGGCACAUGUGCCGAGAGACAACAUGGGAACUGUGCUUGCCAUCCCCAUGGCCACUGAAGGCCUGGAGCUGGAUCUCAGAGAGGGCCUCACCCAGAUCUGUGUAGAGAAAGGAACUGACAGUGCUAGCCAGAAGCAGGGGCCCUUCAAAACGGGCAGCAGGCAGCUUGCGGUGAAAGAGAUUGAAGCCUUGGAUAGACCCCAGCUGGAGUGGCAGCUCCCACGAGGCCUGCACAGAGGUGACGUUGAGCGCUUUGGUGGGGAAGCCGAGGGCAGCAGGGGCUGCAGAGGAAACGAGAUGAGCUGGUUGGCAGUUCUGUUUGCCCGAGGCCAGGGGCUCUACAGAGCUGGAGAAGCUGUUGCUCACUGCCGCCCAUGCUGGAAGCGUGGCUGGAGGCCGAGUCCUGGCUGGCACCCUCUGCUGAGUAGGCCCGCACAUGGACGGAAUAGACCGUGGCAGGCUCCAGGUUGGAGAAGACGUGCUCAAAAGGUGCCUUUGCCCCCGGCCUCUUGGAGCUCUGGACCAGCUGGCUUUGAGAAGCAGAGAAGCUUGGCAACCAGCAUCCCUCUCCCUUACUACAACCAUCCCCCACCACCACAAAGUGGGCACAGAGCCCCAGCUAGGUCUUCGAGGAGAGAAGGGAGUGGGGGCUGCAGGAGCCAGGAUGAGAAAGGCUGAGGAUAAGAAGGGGGCUGAAGAGCAAAAGGAAGUAUCAGAGGUCCAGGCAGGUCUGGGCAUCACUAAGAGUAGGAGAAACUUGACCAGGGACUCCUGCCCAUCCACUCACACCCACCUCCCACUGGCCAGAGGUGCGACACAAAGCUGAUGAGUCCCCACUGGGGGGCAGUGGUUCCCGGGACACUCAAACGGCAGAGGUGGAGAGAGCCGCCGCCGCCGCCGCGGGCAGGCCCGUGGGAACGGGAUGGCUCUGGAUAUCGUCACAGCCAGGCAGGCACUGGCCUGGUUGGAGCCUGCACUGUUCUCUGCCGUGUAUUGGUAGAUGGCCUUGUCCUCUGCAGAUAUCUGCACCAGGGAAAAGCAAACACAACCACUGGGGCUCCUUCCCUCCGAGUCCCCUGCCCUGAUGGAGUGGCAAGACCCAUGGACCAGCCCAGAAGCAGAAGGACCCACCACCCAUAUGCAGGUUAGCCGAAUGUCAUCCCCAGGACUCAACCCUUUCCCGUUCUUCAGCCAGACCAGCCAGGGCUCAGGGACACCCUGGGCUACACAGAUGAAGAUGGUGCUGCUGCCUGGAGGCUUGGACAAGGACUGUGGCCAGUGGACAAACUCGGAGGGAGCCAGGCAGGUGAUGGCAGGUGGGAGGUGCCGUGAGGUCUGGCCUCUCACCCUCCUCCUGCUCCUCUCCUCAUCCAGGUUCCCGUGGAGGGUGAGGUGACCCAGGACACUCCCUAGCUGGCCCUUGGGGCUCACCCUGCACAAGCAGGAUGCCCUGUGCUCUCGUCGGAUCUGAGUUCCGAGCUGAUUGACUGACUGCGCAGGCGUAGACGCUCGAGUGCUGGACCAACACUUCAGAGAUCAUGAGGUUCCCAGGGCCCAGGACUUGGAUGCCCUCUACACUGAUGGAGCAGCCAGCCACCUGCGGGGAGACAACUGGUCAGAGCUGGGAUGGUGCAAAGUGCUGGGGUCUCCGGAAGGCGGGACGGGGCGGGACGGCUACACACCCAGGUAGCUCCAGACCAGUGGCUGUGGGUGGCCUGCGGCAAUGCAUUCCAGCACUGCACCCUCGGGUUCUGAGCCCCAGACAGGAUCUCUGGCUCCUGCGGCAGCUGUGGGGAUCCCACUGAGCGGCGGAAACAGAAAACUGAAGGAUCAGGAAACAGAACUCUCCCGUUGAACCCAGGACACACUUCCGCUCCCAGAGGCCCCUUCUAAUCCUCAAGUGACCAGACCCCAGAGGUGUUGCCAUUUUACUCCUAGAUUACAUAUAAAGGAAAUUACUUGCCCAAGGUCCUGUGGCAGUAAAUAGUAGUGUGUGUGUACCUGUGUGCGCACUAAGUCACUUCAGCCAUGUCCAACUCUGCAACUCUGUGGACCAUACCUGCCAGGCUUCUCUGUCCAUGGGAUUCUCCAGGCAAGAGUAUUGGAGUGGGUUGCUGUGCCCUCCUCCAGGGGACCUUCCUGACCCAGGGAUCGAACCCAUGUCCUCCUGAGGCUCCUGCAUUGCAGGUGAGUUCUUUACUAGUGAAUCCCACAAAUAGAGGUAUACUUCAUUUUAUUGCGCUUCACAGAUACUGAGGUGGUUUUUAUGUUUUUUAAACAAAUCAAAAGCUUGUGGCAACCCUGCAUUAUCAGAUGAUGGUUAGCAAUUUUAGAAAUCAACUUUUUUAUAUGAGGUAUGUACAUUGUUUUAUACAUAAUGCUAUUUAAUAGGAUACAGUAUAAACAUGAUUUUUUUUUUAAACAUGAUUUUUAUAUGAACCAGAAAGCCAAACAAUUCACAAGACUCGCUUUAUUAUGACAGUCACUCUAGUCUGGCACCAAACCUGCAGUACCUCUGAGGUCGGCCUACGUCAGAGCUAAGCCGCUUCAGGGUACUAAGCAGGCCCCAAGUUAAACUGGAGGGGUGGAGGGAGGAAAGGGUGUCAGCAGGACCCCCAGCAGCACAGAGUGCCCCUGGAGGGCCUGCAGCAGUGUCAGAACAUGAACUGACCAGGUAGGGAGGUAAUGAUACCCAGGGACCUAGUCCCCUUCCCUAAGUCACCCACAAAACUGGCAGGAGACCCUUCCCUUAGAAAGAGAGCCAGGCCCCGGUGCCAAGUGAGCAUGUCUCAGCUGCUCAAAGGGAUGCAAACGUUUUCUGAAGUACACUGCUCUUGGGUCUAACAGCAUCUUCAUUUUCUGGCACCCUCUCCCAUCUUAUUAAGUGAAUCAGCGCGUCGUCACUGGGGGCUGCCUUGUGUGAGGUGCUGUUAUUCUCACACUGGGAGCACAGGUGUGAACAGCAAGGCAACAGGCCUUUGUCUUCAUCCUGUCACCCCAUUCUUGUUUUGCAACUUUUUAUUUUAUGAGAUUUUGUAACACAUAUUUAUUUAACCUUUUCAUAAAUGUCCUUUAUUAAAAAUUUAGGAAUUCCCUGGCAAUCCAUGGGUUAGAAUUCUGUGCUACCACUGCAGGGGGGACCUGAAUUUGAUCCCUGGUUGGGGAACUAGGAUCCCACAAGCCAUAG